UCUUGCUUUCUUCCUAAGCCUGUGACCCUAAGGCCCUCACAGGUGACAUUAAACGUAAAAUGAAACCUUCGGCUGGUGGAUCAGCGCAGAGACUCUGCGUCCUGGUAGAAGCUGGUGCUAAGCUUUUAUCAGCAGAGUGAUACAGAUGCAUGGCUACCCGCUAGGAUAAGUCCUGCUCUGUCCUUCCCCGUGCGUCCACGGUGCCUGUGCCGCUCGCGUUGCGAACAGCUCCGUGCCAUCUGUGGGCUGGAGAGGGUUUCAGAUGCAUGCCAGGUUCCCGCUGAAUGCCAGAGGUAGAGAUUGCUACAGAUGGAGCCCCAAAGUCAACAUGGCAGCGGUGGUUCGUUAGUAGUGAUUCAGCAGCCCUCUUUGGACAGCCGGCAGCGGUUGGACUAUGAAAGAGAGAGCCAGCCAACAACGAUCCUGUCGCUGGACCAGAUCAAGGCCAUCAGGGGCAGCAAUGAGUACACCGAAGGUCCAUCUGUGGUGAAAAAAGCUGGUCCGCGGACAGCACCGAGGCAAGAGAAGCAUGAAAGGACUCAUGAAAUUAUACCGAUUAAUGUGAAUAAUAAUUACGAACACAGACCCAGUCACGUGGGACAUGUGGCACAUCAGCAUAACGCGAGGGCCCCGGUCUUGAGCAGAUCAACGAGCACGGGGAGUGCAGCCAGCUCUGGGAGCAACAGCAGCGCCUCUUCAGAGCAAGGACUGCUGGGCCGGUCGCCUCCAUCCAGGCCGGGUUCAGGCCACAGGUCCGACCGGACAAUCCGGACGCAGCCCAAGCAGUCGUCUCUGAUUGUAGAUGAUCUGAAGGGUCCUCUGAAAGAGGACUUGACACAGCACAAGUUUAUCUGCGAACAGUGUGGGAAGUGCAAAUGUGGUGAAUGCACAGCCCCGAGGGCCCUUCCUUCCUGCUUGGCCUGCAACCGGCAGUGCUUGUGCUCUGCGGAGAGCAUGGUGGAGUACGGCACCUGCAUGUGCUUGGUCAAAGGGAUCUUCUACCACUGUUCGAACGACGAUGAAGGGGACUCAUACGCGGAUAAUCCCUGCUCCUGCUCCCAGUCACAUUGCUGUUCUAGGUACCUGUGCAUGGGAGCAAUGUCCUUGUUUUUGCCUUGCUUGCUCUGCUACCCUCCUGCAAAAGGAUGCCUCAAACUGUGUCGAGGGUGUUACGACCGUGUCAAUCGUCCAGGCUGCCGAUGCAAGAACUCCAACACUGUCUAUUGUAAACUGGAGAGCUGCCCCUCUCGGGGUCAGGGCAAGCCCUCAUGAUUUUUGGAGGGAGGUUUACUUCCUCCAACUUUGAUUUUCAGGUUGUAGCUGAUUUUUUUUUUCCUUUUUUUUCCUUCCCCCAUUUAGGGGGGGUGGGGAGACUGCUCUUUGGCUUUCUCCCUCCACUUCAAAUACACAAGUUCUUCCCUUUGCAUCUGUGUUCUCCUCUUUUUAUUCACUCAACUGAGUGUGGAGUGUUUUACGUAGUCAUUGCUGCUCUUUGGUAAGUGUGGACUUAGUAUCUGCGUCUGCCGCUCACUUUGGCAGGGUCAUCUGAGUUUGUAACUGAACCACUCCUGACAGAGACAGUGAGGGCUCACUGGGCUCUUCCAGCUUCUUGCUCUGAAUAUCUUCCCAAAGAUGUUUUUCCUUCUCAGCAUUUUUUUUGUCGUUAACCCCUUGGGUACCAAGGAGUAACUUUUCAUGAGUGAGCUGGAUUGUGAAAUAACUUCUUGAGUGUGCUCUUCCUGGAGAGGGAUGUAAAAUAAAGGCUUUACCAAAUGAAAGGCCUGAUUCUUCUGUAAGCAGCCUGCAGCCUGCCUUUUUUUUUUUUUUUUUUUUUGACCUCCACCUCUUUUAUCUUAACUGUUGGAAUAUUCUCAGUCCUGAGAGUAGCUGAUUGUUUCUUCCUUUGCUUUUUUUUUUUUUUAACUUGAGUUUUUGCUACACUAUGUAGAUCUUCACAUUGGAGACAUUAUGGCUGCAACUGUACGCAUUUGUUUCUCUUGCUGUCAAAUCUUUGAAGGAUAUUGCUCACUCCACCUUCCUGCUCCUGUUUUAUAGUCCAUCAGUAUCAUGUUGAUAUUAAACUCGGUGGUGUUCAUAUAUCCAAACAGCCUUCAGGUGUCAUUGAGUCACCUAAACUUUCUUGAAUCUUUAAUGUUUCUUGUGAUCCUCUGGUUUAGUGAAUUUAGCUCUGCUCUGUACUUUAUAAUUUUAUUCUGUUCCCUGUUUUAUUGCCUUAGCCACAAAUUGUGGUCCUUUUUUGUAUAUUUUAUGUAUAAAACACAAAGUUGAAUCCCAACUAUUUUUAAGACAAAAGUCUGUUAAAACUUUUUUUAUUGUAAAGAAUAUUUAUUAUGUGAAUCUCUAUUAUUUUAUGAUAUUUAUUGCAAAAGACUUUGAAAAUGUACUCAUGUCUGAAUAUAACAAAAUAUCAAUACUUAACGAAAUAAGGAUGACACGAAGAAAGUACAUAUGUUAACUAUAAUGCAGAAAAUAUAUUAAUUAAUGAAAAU